AUCAAGCCCACUCAUGCGCUUCGAGAGAAGAUGGCUGAAGUCGCUAAACAGGCCGCAGAGGUAGAUCCUCUUAAACCUAGGAUUAACAUCAAUUUAAGAAGAUUUCCACCACCAUAUAACCCAUACCCAGUUGAUUAUAAUGCACGUGUCCAUGGACCUUAUGACCCAGCUCGUUACUAUGGGAAAGCUAAGAUUCAGUCAGCAUGGGACAUAAAAUUGGGAGAAAUACCAUCAAAAUUGCUUGCUUUUGAUAGAAACCCUCGAAAUGUAUUUGGUGUUUUUUCAAGAUGCAUAAGCAGAUACACAGCGAGGCAUUACCGUGCACAAAAAAUGCCUAUUAACUUCUUUAUGCAGCUUAUGUUUUUUACAAUGACUGUAAAUUACAUCGCUACUUCUGGUUUCUUCUCAACAGGAAAUGGUGGAAAACGGGUCCAGAGGAGAUACAGAUUUCACUAGUGGAUCAAUACAUGGAAGCCAUCUUGCGAUACUGUUGUGCUUUGUGCAGAUGUUUCAUAUUAUCUUUGAUAUAAUAACUGACUUUUGACCAGUUGUGUGCAACAUAAAAGAUUGUAACAAUAUGUCAGAUUAGUAUUUAAAAUAAAAAAUGUUUGAAAUACCAUUUGGCUUAAAAAUGAUUAAAAUAGAUUUAUAAUGCCCCAAAAUAUGGAGGGCAUAGUGUCAGUUACGAAAUUUUAAUAAAAUUUGUAUAAGAUUUA